AUUUUUACCUGGCAUCUCUGUUUUCGCCCAUUUUGCAGUGUAUCAGUUAGUUUAACAUCUAAAGGAUUUUCAUAAUAUUCAGAUUCUUCAUUAAAAUGGAUAUCCGACCGAAUCACACAAUAUACAUAAACAAUCUAAACGAAAAAAUUAAGAAGGAAGAACUAAAAAAAUCACUUUACGCCAUAUUUUCUCAGUUCGGUCAAAUCAUGGAUAUAGUCGCUCUGAAAACGCUAAAAAUGCGUGGUCAGGCUUUUAUUAUCUUCAAAGAAAUAGGAAGCGCUACUAAUGCAAUGCGAACAAUGCAAGGAUUUCCAUUCUAUGACAAACCGAUGCGCAUCAAUUAUUCAAAAUCAGACAGCGAUAUGAUUGCCAAAUUAAAAGGAACCUUUAAGGAGCGCCCGAAAAAAGCCAAGGCACCAAAACCAAUUCAACAAGAGGAAAAGAAAUCUAAGAAGCAGAAGAACACUGAAGCCGGCACGGCUACUAGUAACUCAACUACAGCUGAACAGCCGCCAAAUCAAAUUCUUUUCCUGACCAAUUUACCAGAGGAAACCAACGAGAUGAUGUUAUCUAUGUUGUUCAACCAGUUCCCUGGCUUCAAGGAAGUUCGUCUUGUGCCAAAUCGACACGACAUCGCCUUCGUGGAGUUUGCUACAGAAUUACAAAGCGGUGCUGCUCGAGAGGCACUGCAAGGUUUCAAAAUUACACCAACUCACGCGAUGAAGAUAUCCUUUGCUAAGAAAUAGAUGACGGCUGAACGAGCUUUACACUGGCUUUAUUGAAAUACUUGAAAAGAAGACUAAUUACAAAUCCUGCUCAGUGUCGCUCUAAAUGACAAGGACUGUAGAGGGACAGGAAUUGAAAGCUGCAAGCUGUACGCGGAAUCAUAACCUAUCUCGGAAUGAAUAAAAAUCCAGCAUAUGAACGGAUAUAUAU